AAAAAUACAAAAACAAGAACACUGUGUUAUUUAUAUUUUACUUCAGAAACCGCUUUUUUGUAAAAAUACCCAAAUUAUUUUUUGAGAAUUAUUAUUAUUCAAUAGUCGUAUUUAUGGUAACUAAAAUGCCUGAAGGAGAAACAGAAGUAAGGAAUAAAAUAAUAAUUACAUUGACUUACAUUUUAUAUUUUCUCGAGAUUUGUAAUUAUAUUAGUAAUUAUACAGAUAUUUUUACUCUUAAUUUUAGCCAGUCUCACUAGUGACUAUUAAGGAGCCAGUCGAUUUAAUUCGUCUCAGUGUCGAUGAACGGAUAUAUGUUAAGAUGCGUCAUGACCGUGAGCUACGUGGCCGUCUACAUGUAAGUAUUACUAAUACUUGUAUAGUAAAUUUGUUGAAGUACAAUUUAGCUAAGAUCCUAGUUAGUCUUGGGAUGAAUUGUAUGGUAAUUUUCUCAACUUGGAAACCAGUUUAAUAUAAAUUUAUUAAAAAAUAAUAUCAAGUUUUUGUAAUUCAAUAAUUGAAUAAGAAUAUGCAGUUGUCAAUGAAAUCAAAUACUAAAUUGUAAUUAUAUUUAGUUCUUUAUAUUUAGUUCUUAUAUUUAGUUCACUUUUAGUUCUUACUAUUAAUUGAAAGUAGACUUCAUUAAAUUGUUGUUUAUCCUUUAUUAAUUUCUAUUUUUAAUUCAUAAACUGCUAUUAAUGUUUUUAUACUAAUAAUUUUGUUGUGAAUUAUAAUUGUUGUAUUGUCUUAAAUAUUAUUAUAUUGUAUUACAUUAAGUUAAUUAAAUAGUUGUAUCACAAUAGCCAUGUUAUUUGAAUAUGCUUUAUCUUAUUCUCAAGAUACUGCUAAAUGUAGGUAGGUCACUGUUGAUUGUUGUAAGUGUGUGAAGCUAUUAUUAUUAUGAAGAUAUUAUUUAGGGUAAUUUGGUGGUCUUCUUAUCCUUUGCCUUCAUCCCAACUAUUUGGAGUUGUCCACCCUCGUUUUAACUUCAACUUAACCAGAUAUUCGACUUACCAUACACCAGGUGUCCUAUUUUUUUUCUCAACUGCAUCCUGCUAUUUUUUUUCUUUCCAUCUAUUUCCUCUUGUGUUUAUUUAAAUUACAAUGUUUAUUGUUUCAGAUUCCUCUCUUCCCAUGACAUGCUUAAACUAUCUCAAUCUAUUUUCUCUCAUUUUGUCUAUUAUUAAAGACUUAUAGUAUUUAUCCCUUAUCUUAUCUUUUCUAGUUACUCCACUUGUCCAACUUAGCAUUGGUAUCUUGUCCACACUCAUUUUCUGUUCUAUUUUUCUGUCUUAUCACUUAAUACAACAAACUAUACAACAUAGUCAGUCUCGCCAUAAUUCUGUAGAACUUUACUUUGAGUUUCAUUGGAAUUCCUUUGUCACAUGAAACACUAAACACCAGAAAAUUCUCUUCACUUUAUCUUUAUAUAUAUAAUCCUAUGUUUCACAUGCUCAUGAAAGUCAUUGUUCUUUGAUCAACAGAUUUCCUAGGUACUUUAAACUCAACAUCACCUAUAAUUGGUUAUUGUUAUUAGCUAUUGUCCUGUUCUUCCAAACUCAUACUCUGCUUUAUUUCUACUUUUCUUUAGUCUUAUCCCUUUAAGUGUUUCUCUCCAUUCCUUAAGAUGAUGUUAUACUCUCAUCUAUUGUCUCAAUCCAACUACCAAAUAACAUAUAUAAACAAUGCUUAUGCAGAAUAAAUAAAACUAGCUUAAUUUUUAUUUUUUUGGUUAUUUAAUAGUUUAUAAUUCAAAAAACAUCAAUGACAUUCCUUCCAAUUGUUCUCUUUAAAUUUAUAUAAUAGAUACUUUUACGCUAAAAUCAAAAUGAUGCAAGUUUUUAAUUAUUCUCCACAAGCAUUGUUUUUGUAUGUUAUCCGGUAGUUGGACUGAGACAGCAGAUGCGGGUAUAAUGUCCUCUUAAACCUAUUGUUAACUUGUUCCAGAUUUUCUCUUAUCAUCUGCAAAACAUUAUGCACCGUGAUACCUCUUCUUACCUGCUCUUUGUUCUCAUACACAUUCAAUAUAAAAUAGAUAGAUAGUUUUCCAAAGUCUUGUUUAUAACUCCUCAUACUUUGAGAGAAUUUUACACUGGCUGUCAUUCUAACACAACUCCAUUUGUCGCCUCUUACAAUAGAUACUAUCUGGAGUAUUCUGAUCCCCUCCUACAUGGAGAUUUGAAUGUGCUUUAUCAUAAUAAUAUUUGUAUUUUAUUGAAAUACUCAUUGACAUGGUUAUGAAUAUUAGUAGUUUUUAUAUUAUUAAUUUAGAACUUCAUUGAUUUAUUUUUUAUUACUUAGGCAUUUGAUCAGCAUUUAAAUAUGGUAUUGGGAGAAGCUGAAGAGACUAUCACUACAGUUGAAGUUGACGAAGAAACAUUUGAAGAAGUAUAUAAAACUACCAAACGAACUAUUCCUAUGUUGUUUGUUCGAGGGGAUGGUGUUAUACUUGUAUCUCCUCCAUCCGCUACUUCAUAAUUUAAUACACUUAUGAUUUUUCACAUUAUACACAAUUUAAUUUGUAUACUUAACUAUUUUAUUAUAUUGUGUUUAAUACAAGUUACAAAUACUAAAAUUAAUUACCUAGUGUAAGUUUUUAGUUUUUCGUAAUAUUUUUUAAAAUAAAUUAUAGUUGAAUAAUUUAUUCAAAAAUUUAAAUUAAGAUAUUGUUUUUUAACUUUAAUGUUCUAAUUUCUAUUCAUAUAUUUAAAAGUUUUGAUAAAUGUGUCCAAUGAAUUCAUACAUGGGCGGAUAGGCCUAUCGGGAAAUCGGGAUUUUCCCCGUAAGCCCCCAUCAAUACUACACUCAGUCUCCAAUGACCCAAUCUCAAAAAAAUUAUAAUUUGUAUAAUACUAGUGUACCAACUGGCGGCUGCACAGUAUGCACUAAAAUGUAUAAACAUUGUCAUACAGUAAAUUAAAAAAUUUUGCUGUCCUAGGAUAAUAGGGACAGGUGCAUUAUUAACACGCCACUCACCGUACCACCAUACAAAUGAUACUCUAUCAUUACUCUUCUCCAACUCAAAAUUAAAAGUAGAAUAUCUCAUCAACGGAUUGAUGGAAAUCAAAAUUUUCAACACUAAAAUUUAUUUUGACUAAUAUUCCAUUUAUUUAUGGAAUUUUUAAUAAAGGUCGUCGUUUGAAAAAGGUAGUGGUUUUACACCAAAAAAUAAGGCUGACGAAAAAUAAUAUUAAUAUAAAAUUAUAAAGCUCCUUAAAUGUUUUAAAAAACAAAUUCCAAAGAAAGUUAAAACUUUCCGAGAUAUUGAGUGUACCCACUUAAAUGGUUCACCUUGUAUAUAUGUUUUAUUGUGAUAAAAUAAUUACAUAGUAUGCAUUAAAUAUUUUCUUUAGUAAUAUUUGUUUAAUAUUGUGCCUAUUUUCCUGUUUUUCCUAAGUUUUUCUCAUUUAUUUGAAAAAGUUCUGGGAAAAUACAAAAGUGACUUUUCUAAAAUACAUCCCUAGUCAGAUUUUUUUUUAAAAAAAGUGCUAUCAUUGUAAAAUGAACCAAAAUUGCUGGUUGAAAAGUUGUCUACAGAAAAAAAUUGUAAUAUUUUACUAAUAUUUUUUCGGUUUUUCACAUUUGUUGAAAAAACUCCUAAGAAAAUCGAAAAAUGAUAUUCUUUAAGUAUUUUCCUACAUAGAUUUCCUUUCAAAAAAGGUGCUACACUUAGAAAAUUGGAGCAAGAUGAUCUCUGAUAGAAAAGUUAUCCACAGAUAAAUAAAAUAAAAAAAUAAACACCUUUGUCACUUUACUCAGAGUCUAAAGCUGUAAUUAUUUUAAUUCAUAUAUUUUUUUACAUUUGAUUGUGUAGUAUAUAUAUAUAUGUAACCUAACUUUCUAUACAUAAAUAGGCCCUACCUAUAUCUAUAUGAGGCCCUAAUAAAUAUACCCCGGUGAAAAAAAAUGUACCUAUCCGUCUAUGUAUCCAUAAUAUUCAAAGUUGAAAAUACUAAUCGAAAAAAUUCUAAAUGUGCUUAAUAAAAUUCGUAUUUUAAUAAUAUAAUAGUUUUUGAAAUCUUGUUUCUUUACUCACUUAAUUUCAGAGCAGUAAAUUAUUAUUUAUAUUUUAGAUUUAAGUGUUAAAAAUAUCACUAAGUCCCAUUUAAAAUAGUAUUCUAUGUGCACCCCUUAUUUGUUUGUACUUCAACAUGAAACAUGUGAAGCAUUCUUUCUACCUAAAAACAUGCAUAAUGCAUAAAAAAAAAAAAAAGUCAUUUUAAAAUAAUCUAUUAAUGAGCCACCUGAACCCCGCACCUCCCCCAAAAAACUUUUUUAAAGUACUUGUAUUAAAAUAAAUAUUUAAUAUGAAAGUUUUUGUUAAAUAAUAAAUGAAAUCAAACUAGUUAUUUUAGAUACUCAAUUUAAUCCAGUGUAUUGUUCAUCUUAACACACCCCUAAUGUAGCUAAAAUAUUAAUUUUGCUAAUAAGAGGUAAUAUAAUGUACAG